AUGUUUGGAACGGCAGGUCGAAAAAUCGACGAAAAUUGUAACCAGGGAUGCGAGAAGGUGGAGAAGAACAAUCUUUUGAAUAAGGUGAGGUCAUGGUGGGGAAGUGAGUGGUUUGGAUGAAGAUUGAACGGGAUUGGUUUAAUGAAUCUGUUUGAGGAAAUUCAGGUGUUUUCGAGUUGUAGACGUAUUUUUGUUAUUCUAUAAGAUGCCUAACUCAAAUAACACUUGCAGAACGGGAAGAAUGCCAAGAAGAUCCUGUGUCGUCGCUGCUCUUCCCUCAUCUUCCCUCCAAAUUCCAUUAAACUUGUUGACGGUAAGGGUUCAUCUUUUUUGCUUUUGUUUCCCUAAAAAUAGAAUGACAAAAACAUAAUUUUUGGACUUAAAUUUGGCAAAUUCACUUGUGAGAUGUUACUAUGACAACUUUCGAUUACAGAAAUAGCUGGGCAUUUUAUGGAAACGUGAACAUUGAAAUUAAACUUGCCGAAGCCAUUUUAUUUGGAAGUGAAAGUUGUAUGAAUAACAACAUUUUCUAAUUUUGUAAAGUUUACUCUUUUCAAAGUUUAGUUUCGACAUAAAAAAUGCCUUGAAAUUUGUGAAAAUACAUUUAAACAUCUAAAAGAGAUCGUAUUUUAGGCGAGAAGCACAACUUGAAAAAGAUGUCUCUGCACGGUGCAGCGAACAAUGGAUCGGAAAGUAUUGAAUUGUGGUGGAAAACGACCAAUGAAAUGGACUUUGACACCUGGGGAUGUCAGACCGUCGAUGGGACCAAGGCUCUGAUGUGUGGAGACUGCGAAUUCGGUCCAUUUGGCUUCAGAAUCAUCGGCGCUUCGGAGACGACCUUCUUUGUUGCUGCUGAGAGAGUGAAAUACGAGGGAUGA